UAAUAACGAAACUAAAACGAAAUCUAGAGAUAUUAUCGAAGCGCAAAACGAGAAGUAGGAUCUGUUGUUCUUCGUUUUCUACGAGGAAGCAAAAUAACAAUAACAGAGGAAGAAAGAAAAUCACACAGUUUCAGUUUCAGUUUCAGCUUCGCUUUGUAGAAAUGGCUACUCUAUCAAGCUUCAUUGCUACGCCGAAGAAUCCCAAGACCCACUUUCUCUCAGGUUCCUCAUUCAUGUCGAUGGACAAAUGCUUCUUGAAAAUCAGCACCAGCGGACACUUUACAGAUUUCUCUUUAAGGGCUAAAGCAACAUGUAACCAACCACUUGUUAUUCAAGCUGGUGGUGAUGGUGGAAGACCAAGUAGUGGAAGUAUUUUUGUUGGUGGUUUUGUAUUGGGAGGACUAAUUGCUGGAGCAUUGGGUUGUCUAUAUGCACCUCAGAUAAGCAGGGCACUAGCUGGAGCUGACAGUAAAGACUUAAUGAGGAAACUUCCAAAAUUCAUGUAUGAUGAAGAAAAAGCACUGGAGAGGACUCGCGAGGUGCUAACUGAGAAAAUAGCGCAGUUGAACUCUGCCAUAGAUGGUGUUUCUGCACAGUUGCGGCCAGAUGAAGACUCAAAUGAAAUUGCCGUGAACUCAGAGGAAAUUGAAACACCAAUCAGCGAUGAAAGUGAAAUCGAAGUCAACAAAUAAAAAGCUGUUGUCAUUUACUCCAAGUUGAUGUCACAAAUUGCUUUUGCAUCAUUGAAUCUAUUAAUGUAUGUACUUGACACAAGUUGGUUCCAGCAAACGUAGAUUAUGUUCUGUUGCUGAACAAGUCUCCGUUAAAUAGACAAUUUGUUACAUUGACAAGUUAUACCAAUAAUUCAUUUAAUUUACUGUCCA